UGGAUGGAGUGAUUCUCCCGACAGGUUUCUUAUCUUUGCCGGAGCUCUGACGUCAAUCCAGAUGAGCCAAGGACCAAUGAAACAUAUUUAUUUACGUCCAAGCUGGCGAGUGGCAAGUUGGUAGAGUACAAACCAAGAAGAUUUGGGAGUGAAAAUGGCUCAAGCCAAUUUUAUCAAUGCAGGAGUCACAUCCACCAGUAGCCCAAGACCCUCGAUAUUCCAGUUGCUGGCCUCAGGUGGUCUUCAUCGUUCAAUUUGUCCGGCAUUUGAGCACAUACUCAGAUUAUUAAAAACGCGACAUCAUUCAUCUCAAGCUCUGGAUUUGCUUUAUAAAUAUUGCGACGAGUUUUGGUUAUUGAUCGAUCUGUCCUUGGAGAGUUAUUACCUGAAAACCUACAACGCUCUAUUCUCAGAACAUUUCUACGGGCUGACCCGAUCCUUCAAGUCCAAUCAACGGCAUCCCAUUCUUAGAUCCCUACUCUUCUCCGUGAUCUUGCCAUACGUCAAACGUAAACUGGAUCGAGUCUUCGAAUCCUUACGAGAAUCAGUGGCCGAUGGAGUCCCUACGUCAAAAAUACUCGAGUUUUCUAGAUUGUAUUUUGUGCGAGUCUACCCGUACAUCCAUAUGAUCUACGAGGGUCUUCAUCUCUUCCUCGCUAUUGCGUACACAUUGGGUCGAUCAUCGUAUCACCAAUUGUCCACUCAAUUGGCGGGGUUGACCCUUACCCAAAUCACCACGGAGGCCCAAUCUCAAUUCCAAGAGCGGGAGCUAAAAUCUCGAAACUCCGCUCAAAUUUUACCCAAAAUCAUUCGUUCGUUCGCCCAAACUCUCACCUUUGGCCUUGAAACAGGAUCAUUUAUCCUUCAGUUCUUUAAUCAUUGGCAAUCUCGAACCGAACACAUUCAAAUGGGUCCAACCUCUGAUAUCCCUGACCCUCCCGAGAUCGAUCCGGAGAUUUCAAAGACCACGUGUCCUAUUUGUCACGGACCCAGGAGAACGGAGACACUACUCUCCAUCUCCGGAUAUGUGUUCUGCUAUGUUUGUGUGGUGAAGUAUCUCCGACAGCACGGGAAAUGUCCAAUCACGAAUUUCCCAGCCAAUGAAGACUCCCUAAUCCGACUUUACUCACAAGAGUCAUCAUGAACAGACCCAGGCAAUCCCCUUGAGACAUUAAAGGAGCUUUGUUCCGUUUAUUAUUCGCCAUUCUUGUUUUCUGACACGGCUCAUCACUAAACGGAAGAUCAAACGACAUUGACAUCAAUGAAAGGGAACGCUUUGAA